CAUAAUCGACGCGUUUGGCGUUCAAACAUUGGAAAAACAUUCGAAACGAAAUCUUUCCUUUUCCGAUUGUAAACUACCAAAACAUUAUUUGAAAGCGAUGUUUCAACUAUAUUAUGCCAUUGUCUUGGAAAUCUUCCUCGCUACAACAGAAACUGUUGCUGCCGACCUCCAAUACCUCUUGUCGUCAAAAUUCGCCAACGAUUUCAAUAAUAAGGAACUCGAAGAUGAAGACGCUUCUAUUUCUUUUCUUUCUGUUCCUGGCAACUUUCCGAUCUGCUACUGCUAGAUGCUCGAGUUAUGACUGCAAGGAAAAGUCCGUUGAAAUAAUUGAGCCUCGUGAAGAAGAUGCAAACGUUAUCGAAGUCCCGAAAUUCGAAGAAAACGUUCAAUCUAUCCCACAAUUUCCUCUGGAUGAUGACGCUUUUAUACAACAUCCCAGGCAAAAAUUCAUAUUGAAACCAAAACUUAAGAAUAAUCUUGACGACCGCGUUAUACUGGCAAUUCCUGAAUUUGGAAUAGAAGAUUUUGAUUAUAACUUUAAAUAAAUUUUGAAAAUAUUUAUUGAUAGUUAUUGCAGGAAAAAUCAUUUUGGAAUCUCGCGAAAUAGUUGAUGAACGGAAUGUGUAGACUUUCUGGUUUUAAUGAUUUACAUGUUUAGUUUAUUGGGGUAAAUUUUCAUCUGAUUUAUGUUGAUUUUAUUGAACUAAACUUUACUAUUAUUUCGUUUUGUAUUUUUGUGUUCUAUGUAGUGACUUUUCCAUGUUCUGAGUUUCUUUUUUUAUGAAAUAAAUUUCAAUAUUUGCUACUAA